AUGCCAACAGAAAUUAUGAUCGACGCCGGUUCAAGUGUUGACAUUAUUGACGAACACGCCCUUUUACGAAUGCAAAAAUAUUCACGCAAGACAAAUCAGUCCCCCAUUACUUUAUAUAAGACAAACACAAAGGUAUACAGAUACGGCGCGAAAACACCUCUGCCUAUCGUUGGAAAAUUUGACGUCGAAAUAGAAUCGUCGACUCAGUAUGUAAUGCAAGGGACAUGUGGUUCGUUGCUUAGCUACGAGACAGCCUUAGCAUAGAAUAAAGAUCCAUAUAGAAGGGCCACUCAGGGGUGCAACGUGUCCUCGUUUUUUUAUGCAAAAAUAUGCAGUUUACUGGACAGAAGGCGGAGCAGCCAGCCAGUACAGCGUGUUUAUUGGCCAGAAAAUGUCAUUGACUGGCUAGGAAAAUGGCGGCCAACAUGCGUAAUGCGACAUGCGCGAGGACAGAAACUUCAAAGCUUCCGACGUAAGUGGCCCUUCUAUAUGGAUCUUUAUUCUAUGGCCUUAGCCUUAAACCUUAUAAGUUAACUAUUAGUGCAACAGAAAAUCAGCAACCGGAAGUUCAAGAAGAAAACAAACUGAAACAAUUAUCAGACAAAUACAAUGAUCGAUAUCAUGGAGUUGGAAAAUUAAAAGGCUGUCAAGUUCAUCUUCACAUCAAUGAAACUGUUACGUCUAGUGCCCAACCACACCGAAGAAUCCCGUUUCACCUUCGAAAGAGACUUGAACAAGAAUUAACACGAUUAGAAUAUGAAGGCAUAAUAGAAAAAGUACAUGGUCAAACCCCAUGGAUGUCUCCACUAGUUGUGGUACCCAAACCAAAAAAUCCUGAAAAGGUACGCCUCUGUGUUGACAUGCGCGUUGCCAACAAAGCGAUAGAGAGAGAACGACAUAUCACACCCAGUAUCGAUGACCUUAUUAACGACUUAAAUGGAGCAACUGUUUUCUCCAAGCUUGAUCUAAACCAAGGCUAUCACCAGCUAGAACUUGCGCCUGAAUCACGGUACAUAACAACAUUUUCUACACACAAAGGUCUGCGACGCUACACAAGAUUGCCUUUUGGAGUUACCUCAGCAGCGGAAGUUUUUCAAGCAACCAUACAGCAAAUCCUAGAGGGCAUACCAGCUGCACGAAACAUAAGUGAUGAUAUAUGGCAGCGAUCAGGAAUCACAUAA